AUGUCCAAUGUUCGUGGGCCCACUUCGGCGCUGACCGAGUUUCUUCGGGAGCGAGGUAUUACGGCUCGAAAUACCAAUCGAUUCCGACGACGAGACCAGAACGAGCAAGAGGCUGUCGCCACAGCUACUGCUGCUGCUGUUACCAAUGCCUCAUCGUUACCUGCUCCUGCUUCACCUGCACCAGCGCCACGAACUCGUGGUGCCCUGGCUCGCAAUGGCAGCUCGAUGAAUUUCGAAGAAGACGACGAGACCGACGACGAUCUGCCUCAGGCUGCGACGGCUUCCAUAGAAGUCGAGGCAAAGGCGAGCACAAGGUCGGGCUAUCAAACGCGAUCGAAUGGAAAGAAGCGUGCUCAACCAGAUCAAGUCGUUGCAGAGGCUAGCAGCACCCUCGACGGUAAAGGAAAGAAGAAGGCCAAGAACGAGCAAGACGAGGACGAUGAUGAUUACAAUCCCAAGGGCUCAUCCAAGAAAGGAAAGGGCCCAGCACGCGAAGAUUGGGAAGAUUCGCUCGGCCUGCCACAAGCGAGCAGCUCCCGUGCCAACCAUUCGUACGCCAGCAGAACACCCGGCAGCAUUGCGUAUUGCGGCAUGUGCAAGAUGAAAUUCACGGUCACUUCGUACACCAAGAUGUCGGAGAAAGGUCCCCUCUGCCACCGUUGCGGUCCAAUGUACAAGGGGCCAGGCGGAGUUGGUGCUGAUGACAAAGCCAAGUCAACACCCAAAAAGAGACAGAUUCGACGCAAGACAUUGCAGGACAGCGUCCAUCAGAGCUUCCCGAGCUUGCAGAGAUACUGUAUCGAGAUAGUGAGUCGCCAUAUUGAAGACGUCGAGGCACUCGGUCUGAUCGGAUUUGACAGCAAGGACGCCAUCAGCAAGUCGAUCUCGAAGAAUCGCAGCCUCAACCCUACGACGCUGCAGCUAUUUCUAUCCCCUUUCAUCAAAACGCUCUCGCUCUACGAUUGCAGCAAGCUGGACAGUCAGUCUUUGCAGAGCAUCGCGACGUUUGCGCCCAAUCUUGAGCACAUUAACCUACAGCUGUGCGGCAUGCUUGACAAUGACGCAAUCGAUGCCUGGGCACAGAAGCUGACCAAACUCAAGAGCAUCGAACUCUAUGGACCCUUUUUGGUUCGCAAAGAAGCCUGGCACCGCUUCUUUGCAGCCGUCGGCCCUCGUCUUGAGAGCUUCAAAAUCCGGGAAUCGCCUCGUUUUGAUCUAUCGUGCGCUGAGUCGAUGGUGCAGCACUGCCCGAAUCUGCGAGAGCUCGGUCUUGCACAGAUUGGUCCGCUGGACAAGACGAUGCUCAAGCCGCUGGAAAGCUACGGCGACCAGCUCACGUACCUCGACAUCUCGGAUCCAGGCGUAUCGGCGCCAGGUAUUCCGCCCAAGUCGUUGGAAAACGACGAAGUGGUAAGCCUGCUCAAAGCGGUGGGCAAGAACCUAACCUACCUGGACACUUCCAAGAACAUUGACCUCACUGACCGUAUCAUUGUUGAAGCCAUCUCGCCGUGCUGUCACAAACUCAAGACGCUACGCCUGAUCGGGCUGGAAAACCUUAAAGCCGAGACGGUUGCUGGCAUGUUUGCUGACUGGACACUGGAGGGUGUGACCGGUAUCUCGUACCUGUAUCUCGACCGAAUGCUCAAACUCGAUGACAGUCUGAUGGAACCUUUGUUGACGCAUUCGGGACCUGAUCUUGUCGAGCUGUCGCUCAACUCGGUGGAUGGGAUCACUGAUACAGGUCUGGAAGUGCUUGCCAACGCGAAGAACCUGACCAAACUGGAGACGCUCGAUCUCUCAUUUGUGCGAGCAGUCGACGAUGAUAGCCUGGACAAGAUUUGUCGUAACAUUGACAGCCUGAAAAAGGUAUCGGUGUUUGGCUGCAACCGCAUCAGCGACUUUUUCAGAUCGGACCGGGUCAGGAUCGUCGGCAAGGAAAAGUACGCCGCCUGA